CUGUGUGGGCGGGUGGCGCGCGGGGGCCCCCUGGCGGCCGGUGGGGCGAGGCGCCGGGCCUGGCCGGAGCGGGCGCCGAUGGACGCUGGGCGCUGCCAUCCGGGCGGGCGGCUGGACAUGAGCCACGGCUUCGUGCGGCACAUCCGGCGCAACCAGAUCGCCAGGGACGACUACGACCGGCAAGUCAAGCAGGCCAAGGAGCAGCUGCGGCGGAGACUGACCCCCGCGCCCCCCCGGCCCCGCAGGCCCGACCAGCAGGUCUAUCGCGCCGGCCGCAGAGGUGAGUCCAGCGGUGGGAGAAGGGGAGGGAGGGGGUCCCCGAGCCCCCCUGGCGCUUCCCUCCCUUGCAGGCGCGGUCGGAACAGCCCCGGGAGGAGGAGGCGGCGGCGGCGAGGGCGAGUCGGAGGCGGCGAGCGAGAGCAGUUCCAGCAGCCGCGAGCGGCGCCCCCGCGGCCCGGCCCUCUUCUGCCUGGAGUACGAGGCCGACGGCGGCCAGGUCACCUCGGUGGUGGUCUACCAGUCCUACCCUCCAUGGCGGCCUGGGCAUCCUAUUCCAGCAGGCUUUGCAAAAAUGGGACAAUGACCCCAAAGAAGUGGUGGAGAAGGUCAGUGCCCAGAACCAGCUGGAGCCAGCUUUGCACGAGGCCCUUCGGCAACGAGUACAAGAUGAAUUGGAGAAGCGGCGAGUGAAGCGCUGAGAGCCAUUGCAGGGAUUGAGAAAUGAUUUCGGGGAAAUGGCGCUGGGCCUGCUUACCAGCACAGGACCGUGCUUGGGGGAUCAAGGGUUAUGCUGCUCAAGGGUGCCAUCGGGAGCAGUGGCAGAAGGAAGCAAAUCCCUGCAGUCCAUCCUUUGACAGAUGUGCCCCAAAAGAAAGCCAGCCAAAUGAUUGCAGCCCAGACUUGCUGGCUGGCUCUGUAUCAUAGUGGUCUGCCUCCCUCUUCCCCUCUUGUGAGCAUCCAAGUCAAGACCCAGGCAGUGGGAGCAGAGUGGGAGCAGCUGCCUUGCCCAAUUUCUCAGGGUCUUGGAUUAUGCUGAGGGUAGAGGUGGCUGCUGUGAAUUAAGUUAUUGAAGGGGGCUGCUCCCUUGUUUAGAUUUGCAGCUUUUUGGUAGAUCAGCCUUGUGCAGAAAGUAGACUGCUGGGCUGAUCUAAGGGCUGGGGUGGGGAGGGUGAGAAGAAGCAGGGCUCAGUUUAGCUCUCUUGGAGGCUGUUGCCUCGCCCUCUUCCUGCCAACAAAGGUUCUCAGAAAUGGAGCACAGGGUUGUAAAUAAAGACUUAGAAUCUGCUCUUCCAUAAUAGUUCUUGGUUACAGGAAUUUGUUUUGAAUGCUUGUGUAAUUCUGUAAAAACCUACCCGACCCCUUUGUUGACUAAACAUAGUUGGUGCUUAAAAAGUUGUCCCUGUUCUUCCUGCCCCAGCAAUGCAGAGAUCCAGAAUUGAAGUCUGCUUCUUUGAAAAGGACUUGCAGUUACGUUCUUCUGUAGUUCUGGGAAAGAAUUCUAUUCAGGAACACACCACACAUUGGGUUACAACAAAGCAAAUUUAGGUCUUGACCUGUGAAAGAUACCAAGACAUCACUAAUGGCAUCUAAAACCCUGAGACUUUUGUCAAAACAGCAGGGUUCUACUCCCAUCAUCUAGGCAUCACACAAAUUAUUUUUCAUUCCAAAAUGUGAAUGAGAAUAUAAAUAUUCAGUUUCCUCCCAGACCAUCUAA